CAACCCGCCUCGUUUGUUUAAAGUAUGAUUUCCCCUCAUCCAAGCUUGAAGCAUCCGUAAGUUGCUUCUUCAGCCAUGUCUGGAGCGAUGGAAAUCACCGGGGAUGGGGUCAACAUGUCAGACCCCGAGAAGACCCAGAACCCACGGGUUACGUGUGAACGCAUUGGAGAUCAGGUCACUCACGAGAUGCUCGAGGUGCUCGCCCCUAACGGCGAAAGGGAGUACAUUCUGGACAAGAUCAACAACAUGACGGAGGAAGAAGCUUUGGCGAUCGUCCAGGAGUCGGUCAAGUUCCACGCGGACGACUGGAACUUCCCUUCCGACAUGAGGGAGCGCAUGAAGAGGCUUCUCGAAGGCCCAAAAGCGUACGGCGACUUUUACGAUCGCGACCUGCGGAUUGACGCCACCAUGAUGAGGUACUCGUCCCCCUAUCCUGGAGUCCGCUCCGUUGCGGAUCCCGUGGACGACGCCGAUGUCCCAAUCGAAACCAUCCGUGCAUACUUUCUGGGCAUCGGAUGGGCCGUGAUUGGCACCUUCAUGUCGACAUUUUUCAACAGCAGAUUCCCGUCCAUCAGCCUGAAUGGCUCGGUAAUCCAGAUAUUGCUGUUUCCGUGCGCCAAGUUCCUGGAGGCCGUGUUGCCCGAUUGGGGGGUUACCGUCAUGGGGGUUCGCCACUCGCUCAAUCCUGGACGUUGGAGCUUCAAGGAGCAAAUGUUUGCGACUAUCACGUACAACAUCGCCAUCUACACAACGAAUAGCUACUCCAUGAUACUCGUCCAGAGGUCUCCGGUCUUCUAUGGACAGACAUUCGUCACGUUUGGAUACCAGCUGAUGCUGACCUUGUUCGUGCAGCUCAUGGGCAUGGGGUUUGCGGGCUACCUGAGGCGGUUCAGCGUGUACCCAGUCAAGGCACUGUGGCCGACGAUUCUACCAACCAUCGCAAUGAACCGGGCCCUCACUCGUCCCGAGCCGAAGGAAAACAUCUACGGGUGGACAGUCUCGCGGUACAGGUUCUUCUACAUCUGCACCAUCUGUAUGUUCUUCUACUACUGGCUGCCCGGCUAUCUGUUCACUGCGUUAUCGACGUUCAACUGGAUGACCUGGAUAGCUCCGGAGAACGUUACACUGGCCAUCCUCACCGGAUCCUCGCUGGGGUUAGGCUUGUUCAACCCCAUCACGACAUUUGACUGGAACGUUGCCACGUCUUCCUAUGCUGCCCUGGCCCAGCCCUUCUUCAGCACAUGCACCAUGUACUUUGGGGGUCUCCUCGGCGGUUUGAUUAUCCUCGGGAUAUACUACAGCGGGAUGUAUAACACGGCUUACCUGCCCAUCAACUCGUCCUCUGCGUUUGCCAACGAUGGCACCGUCUUCCAGGUACAAAAAGUGGUCGUUAACAACAAGCUCGACCAGACGCUCUACCAGGAGUACUCACCUCCAUUCUAUUCGGCCGGAUACAUCUUGACGGUUGGGGCGAACUUUGCUUUUUACCCGGUUUACUUCCUCUACAUCAUGGCCAACCAGUGGACCACCGUGUCGACGGCUUACGUCGAUUUCUACAAGGGGCUGCGGUAUGGCAAGGGCAACUACGAAGGGGCCAUGGAUGUGCACAGCCGGCUAAUGUCCAGGUACAAGGAGGUGCCCGACUGGUGGUUCUUGCUGAUCUUGCUCGGCUCCAUUAUCGUCUCGAUGGUAUUCCUCAACAUCUACCCGCUCGAUACCCCCGUGUGGCUCGUGUUCCUGAUGAUCGGCAUCAAUCUCGUGUUUGCCGUCCCCCUCUCGUUUCUGUCGGCGACUACGGGGACCAAUCUGGGGCUGGGCGCUCUCAUCCAAGUCAUCACCGGGUAUAUGCUCCCCAACAACCCCAACGCCUUCCUGUUUUCGCAAACACUGGGUUCCUGGGCCCUGGCCGGGUACGGAGACAACUAUGUGCAGGAUCAGAAAAUGGCGCAUUACUGCAAGAUUGCUCCGCGCGCCGUGUUCCGGAGUCAGAUCGGCACGAUCAUCAUCACUUGCUUCGUCGCCGUCGGUACCCAGGACUUCAUCUUCAACAACGUCAAGGGCCUGUGCACGCCCAAGCAGCCCAGCAGAUUCACAUGCGCCAACGACGGGGCACCGCUGUACGCGAGCUCCCUGAUGUGGGGCCUGCUCGGGUCUAACCGCAUGUUUGGCUCGCUCUAUCCGCUUUUUAAGUGGUGCUUCCUCAUCGGAGUCGUCAUUGCUCUCGUCUUCUUGGUCGGGCAAGGUCUUGGGCCAAAGUACCUGCCCGGCGUGCGAGAACACCUACGGUCGAGGCUCAGGCCGAGGACCUUUGCGAUCCUAGAUCGGACUCUGUUCCCCUUUGUGGCUUCAUUGCUCUGGCUAAACCCCAUCCUGAUCAUCCAGGGAGUGCAGCACUGGGCGCCGUCCAACAUGUCGUACAAGACCCCGGGCAUGAUACUAUCGUUCAUCUUCAUGUACUGGCUCCCACGGCAUAGGCUGGCGUGGUGGGAGAAGUACAAUUAUGUUCUGUCGGCUGCCUUGACAGCGGGAGUGGCCAUCAGUGCCCUUAUCAUGUUCUUUGCGAUUGGAUAUAACCCCAUUAGUCUGAAGUGGUGGGGAAACACGGUCAGUUCAGCUGGAGUCGACGGGUCUAGUGUUGGCAUUUGGCCAAUGCCCGCCAGGGGAUACUUUGGUCCCGAAAAGGGGAGUUUUCCAUAGGUACUAGAUUACGGGGUGAGACAAGUAGUCAACCAGAAUGGGCGCCGUCUGGGACUCCUCAUCUGUGAUAAUGUGAGUAACCCGCUUGCCAGUGCCGUGUAUCCGCCAGCCUGCAACCAAGAUGGAAAAAACACAGAAGGCUAUUCUGGACCGCCCGGGCUUUCCCAAAUUUGUCUAGUUACAUGCUGGGCUGCCUCGUGUGGGGUCACCUCGAAUCCGGAGCUGUUGGAAGGAAGCGUCGCUUUCUGGGUUGGUAAAG